UCUUCUUCCCUCCCAUUUUCUCGCACCAAAUUCUCAACCUCCUUAAAUCCACCAUGAGAGAAAUCCUCCACAUCCAGGGCGGCCAGUGCGGCAAUCAGAUCGGCGCCAAGUUCUGGGAAGUCAUCUGCGACGAGCACGGCAUCGACACCACCGGCCGUUACUGCGGCGACGCCGACCUCCAGCUCGAGCGCAUCAACGUCUAUUACAACGAGGCCAGCGGCGGAAGGUACGUCCCACGCGCCGUCUUGAUGGAUCUCGAGCCCGGCACCAUGGACUCCGUCCGAUCCGGCCCCUUCGGCCAGAUUUUCCGGCCUGAUAACUUCGUCUUCGGCCAGUCCGGCGCCGGCAACAACUGGGCUAAAGGUCACUACACCGAAGGCGCUGAGCUCAUGGAUUCGGUUCUUGAUGUUGUGCGUAAGGAAGCUGAGAAUUGUGAUUGCUUACAAGGAUUUCAAGUGUGUCAUUCGUUGGGCGGCGGCACUGGAUCGGGGAUGGGAACUCUUCUGAUUUCAAAGAUCAGGGAGGAGUAUCCGGACCGGAUGAUGCUGACAUUUUCGGUCUUUCCUUCACCAAAGGUGUCGGACACGGUUGUGGAGCCAUACAAUGCGACGCUUUCUGUGCACCAGCUUGUGGAGAAUGCUGAUGAGUGUAUGGUUUUGGACAAUGAGGCUCUGUAUGACAUCUGCUUUCGGACUCUCAAGCUUGCCACCCCUACUUUUGGUGAUCUUAACCACCUAAUCUCUGCCACCAUGAGUGGUGUGACAUGCUGUCUUCGGUUUCCUGGACAGCUGAACUCUGACCUUCGAAAGCUUGCAGUCAACCUAAUUCCUUUUCCGCGUCUCCAUUUCUUCAUGGUUGGGUUCGCACCCCUGACCUCAAGAGGAUCACAGCAGUACCGUUCUCUGACUGUUCCUGAAUUGACACAGCAGAUGUGGGAUGCCAAAAACAUGAUGUGCGCUGCGGAUCCACGCCAUGGACGUUACCUUACAGCUUCUGCCAUGUUCCGUGGUAAGAUGAGCACUAAAGAAGUUGAUGAACAGAUGAUUAAUGUCCAGAACAAGAACUCCUCAUACUUUGUUGAGUGGAUUCCCAAUAAUGUCAAAUCCAGUGUGUGUGACAUCCCACCAAAGGGUUUGGCAAUGGCUUCCACUUUUAUCGGGAACUCAACUUCCAUCCAGGAAAUGUUCAGGAGGGUCAGUGAGCAAUUCACUGCUAUGUUCAGGCGAAAGGCUUUCUUACACUGGUACACUGGAGAGGGAAUGGAUGAGAUGGAGUUCACCGAGGCUGAGAGUAACAUGAACGAUCUGGUGGCUGAGUACCAACAAUACCAGGAUGCAACUGCCGAGUAUGAGGAGGAGUAUGAAGAGGAGGAAGAGGAGGUUGCUGCUUAAUGUAUCCUUCCAGUUUCUGAACUUUGUUUUGGUGGGUUACUAUGAACGAGUUGUUGAAUGGUCAUGCAAUUUAGAAUCGACAUGAAAUCUAUUGUGGGGGUGUUGUAUAAGAUACGGAUGUUUGAUAAAAACGCUUGUGUUGGAUUUGAAUGUUUCUGUUGCACCAACCAAGUAAGGCAUAUAAUGUGAAUAAUAUGGUUUGAUGAUAAAUUUUUCUGUA